UAUUGUGGAUUAUUCUCGGUUUCUAACUUUGUAGAGCUGUGUUUUUUUCAGUUUUGCCCUCCGGCCGAACAGGGGGCGAUGUGGUAAAAUAACAUCCCCAGACGGUCCAUCAUCUGACGGACCCUCAGCUGGCCCUCCACCAGUUUUUGACAACAACGACUCCUGUCGACGAUGUUCACAUCGUGACUCUUGGCCCCGAAACUAACAUAACUUACCACCAGUCCGCUGCCUUUGUAUUAUUUGAAGCUGUGCGCCAUGGAGCCGACUGCGCCCAAAAGCAAGCUGAAAAAGCUGAGUGAAGACAGUUUGACCAAACAACCAGAGGAAGUGUUUGAUGUUCUAGAGAAACUUGGUGAAGGUUCCUAUGGCAGUGUGUUCAAAGCCAUCCAUAAGGAGUCGGGCCAGGUUGUGGCCAUAAAGCAGGUUCCUGUGGAGUCUGAUCUGCAGGAGAUCAUCAAGGAGAUUUCCAUCAUGCAGCAGUGUGACAGCCCCUAUGUUGUGAAAUACUAUGGCAGCUACUUCAAGAACACAGACCUGUGGAUUGUCAUGGAGUACUGCGGAGCCGGGUCUGUCUCUGACAUCAUUAGGCUGCGCAACAAGACGCUGACAGAGGAUGAGAUUGCUACCAUUCUGAAGUCCACACUAAAGGGUCUUGAAUACCUCCACUUCAUGAGAAAGAUCCAUCGGGACAUCAAGGCAGGAAACAUCCUUCUCAACACCGAGGGACAUGCCAAACUCGCAGAUUUUGGAGUAGCUGGACAGCUUACGGACACCAUGGCAAAGAGAAACACUGUGAUUGGUACUCCUUUCUGGAUGGCCCCAGAGGUGAUCCAGGAGAUCGGCUACAACUGUGUGGCUGACAUAUGGUCCUUGGGCAUCACCUCUAUAGAGAUGGCAGAAGGAAAACCUCCCUACGCUGACAUCCAUCCCAUGAGAGCUAUCUUCAUGAUCCCCACCAACCCUCCGCCAACAUUCAGAAAACCUGAGCUUUGGUCAGACGAAUUCACAGACUUUGUCAAGAAGUGUCUGGUCAAGAAUCCAGAGCAGAGAGCUACUGCAACCCAGCUGCUACAGCACCCAUUCAUCAGCCAGGCCAAGCCAGUCUCAAUUUUGCGAGACCUGAUAACUGAAGCAAUGGAGAUGAAAGCCAAAAGGCAGCAGGAGCAGCAGAGAGAGCUGGAGGAGGAGGACGACAACUCUGAGGAGGAGACUGAGGUGGACUCUCACACGAUGGUGAAGUCGAGCUCAGAAGGUGCAGGGACCAUGCGGGCCACCAGCACCAUGAGUGACGGAGCGCAGACCAUGAUCGAACACAGCAGCACCAUGCUUGAGUCUGACCUGGGCACCAUGGUCAUCAACAGCGAUGAUGAAGAGGAAGAGGAAGACCGGGGAUCCAUGAGGAGGCACGCCACCCCCCAGCAGCCGAUGCGUCCAUCAUUCAUGGACUAUUUUGACAAGCAGGACUCCAACAAGGCAGCCCAGCAGCAGGAGAACUACAACCACAACCAGCCGCAGGAGCAGCCCGGCUACCACAUCCAGUCCAAGAACGUCUUCCCCGACAACUGGAAGGUGCCUCAGGACGGAGACUUUGACUUUUUGAAGAACCUGGAGUUUGACGAGCUACAGAUGCGUCUGACUGCCUUGGAUCCUAUGAUGGAGAGGGAGAUCGAGGAGCUUAGGCAGCGCUACACCGCCAAGAGACAGCCCAUCCUGGAUGCAAUGGAUGCGAAGAAGAGACGACAACAGAACUUCUAAGCGAUUCUUUCCUGUUUCUCAAAGCCGCCAUUUACCACAAAAAGAAUGACUCAGAGGAACAACCUGUCUUUGUUGGAAGCCGACUGCUGUUGUGACUAACUGCUAACUGGCCUCUGGCUGAAAAGAGAUGCUUCUUUUCCUGAGUGACGUCCAUUUUGGACCCUGGAAUCCACACGUAUAAGCCUUGUUUCUACACUAUGUCCAAAUGCGUUUUCCUUCAUUUUAAGUCUUAAUUCUGUUUCUGAAGUUGCUUCUCCACAAAUGAUUCUCAAGACUGCAGCCAAAGAGACAACCAAGUCUUGGUGAUAACACAACUGAAGGUAAAAAAAAUAUUACCUACCCCUUCCAAAUAAAAUUCCCCUUCACCAUGAAAACCUAUGGAAGGACAUCUACAAUGACAACCAGGCCAACACUACGCUGAGCUUCUAGUAGCAUUGGGUUCAUUGGGUGUGGCCAAUGACAGGUGGUCUUUUUUUUUCUUUGCUCAGACUUUUUAACUUUCACUGUAAAUAUAAUAUAGAGCCUACUUUGGAAAUACCUGCAACAAAAAGCUGUGGAGGUUCAUCCAUGACCAAAGACAAUCAAGGUGAUGAUUCCGUUGUAAAUGCCUUAAAAAAAUAUCUGAAAGCUGGUUUUCAGAAUAAGCAAUGUGGUCACAUGGUUAAAUCCAUCCUCACUUGGAGAUGAGUAUGUGACUUUGAUGGAAAGCGGCAAAUGUUUGUCAGAAUGGACAGAAAUUACUUUGCGUGGUAGCGAGUAGAUCGUGCAUGUUUUCAAUUGUUUGGGGGCCAGAAAAUUCAAAUACUUUAUUUCAGUAGUCUUUAUUAUCAUUUAUUUAUUUUUUGGUUGUAUUACAAUUCAAUUUUCUGGGCUUCUUUAUACAGGUAAUGUACUGUCAAGUCUACACUGACAGGUACCAUGCAUCUUAGUGCCUGUCACUGCUCUGCUUCCCUGUGUUCACCCACUCUACAUCAAUUUAAAAUCAGCGUCGAUGCUCAACAAGUGUGUUCACAUUUCUAUUGAAUGCAAGAGUUGUCACAAAGUCAUUCCCAAAUGGGAAACAAAAACCUUCUAGGAUUUCCCUGCAGUUAAAAGCAUCCCUAAAUAACAAGACUGUUUAUAUUUCGCUGAUUUAAAAACCAUGUUGAGUAGUAAGAACUCAGGCCUCAGCGAAGAAAGUAGCCAUGCGUGACAUAUUGACCGUUUAUGGCUCUCAGUUUACUAUAAAAAAGACUCGAGUGACCGACUGAUGCUGUUUACAGAGGGGCCGCUCAAGCCCCAUAUCUACCGUCUGAGUUUCAGACUCAAGAUAAUUAUUUUGUUUUGCAUUAAGAUCUAAUUUCAGCAAAUUUCCCUGCAGCUUAUAUGUAUGUAUGUUUCAGCAAUUAUGAGUUAUUGCUGUUAAUGAAGGAAUGAAGAGAUAUUGUUAGUUCAUGCUUUGUAAUCAUAUUUUUUCAGCUACAGUUUGUAUUUACACAAAACUACUAGUGCAGUGAUAUGAAAUUGCUCCUUUAUCAAGUUAUCAGAUGUUGGUAAGGUGUUUUUAUUCAAACUUCUGUGCCGUAGGUAAAUGUGUGAGUAUCAGUAUACAUAAGUAACAAGAAACUGCAGUGCAGAAAAGACUGAGAAACUAUAAUUAAAUAUCAAUGUUUUAUAUAACUAACAUAUCCAGCUAAUCAUAUCUCUUGGUCACAAUUCUUAAAUAACCUAAUUCAAAUUUUAUUUUCUAUUUCUGUUAUCGGAUUGAUGUCUAUCGACUUAAAGAAAUCCAACUGAGGCUAUUGUUCCAUUUUGAAAGAAACCGGUUUUGGCAACAAUUUAGUGAUGUUUUUAUUUAUCACGUGCUGAUAAUGACCCUUUGAAUUUUAUUCAGACUGUCCUGGUCUGCAGGUUACUGUUACAUAUGAAUGUCAAUAUGCAGUCUUAAUCAUUUGGUUCACUGCAUAUUACUUGAUAUUUAAAUUAUACAAUAAUUGUAUAAAUAGGCCUGUUACACUGUCUUACUGCGUCUUAUCUGAUGGACAAUAUGGCCCAAAUGAGUUGACAUUUUACAGACAUUAAUUCAAAUUUCAAUCAUCAAUGUCUCAGCUUCUUAAUAAUCACUUUUGUGUUUGUUUUCGUAUUUUUUCUGCUUUAAGAUGAACCACUGAACUCAUUAAUAUUCUUGCCAUUGUUUCCAUAAAUGAAGUCUGCAGAACAUUGGCAAUUUGUAUACAAGCAUUCAUCUUUUGACUUCUUUAUUUCUGUGACUGGUUUAAAUAUAGAAACUGAUUUGGCUGUUCAUAUUUUUUUCCCUUUGUCGGCUAUUUUACUUGAUUUCUGCAUGUGUUCAACUAUGCAUGUUCAGAAUUAUGUUUGCUCUGUAGUGGAAUGCUCUUAUAUUAACUGCACAGGUAAGAGUUCUGUUAAUAAGGGAGAGGAAUUAUUUUCACAGCUUUUAUUAAUUAAAAACAACUAUUUGCUCUGUAAAUAUAAAAAGCCCAGUUUGAAAUAUAACAUUGUUCAGAACCAGGCAUGUUAUGUAUCUGAAAUCACAUUUUUAUAGCUACUUGAUUUUGUCUACAUUUAUUUCUGCUAUACGACUUGAGGUGUAGGGUGGAAUGUAAGCAUUUAUGUUUGAACCACUUAAUUUAUUAUGUUUGUUUGUAAAACUUUGUAAAGUUUUGAAAUGGUGCAAGGAAUAAUAAAAGUUACUUAUAGUUAACCUUAA